ACGUGCCCGGCGCAGGGUGGAGGCGUCCACCUGGGCUUCCGUGCGCAGGGCGGGCGCUAGGACCCGAGCGGCGCACCUGUUGGCAGGUGCCCGGGCCUCGCCCGCUCUCCACCCCGGGAGCCGGGUGGCUGGUGCACAGGCGGGGAAGGUGCUGGCAGAGGCCCUAGCGCGGCGGCGGCGCCGGGCGCACCAUGGCCGAGCUGCUGCGGAGCCUGCAGGACUCCCAGCUCGUCGCCCGCUUCCAGCGCCGCUGCGGGCUCUUCCCGGCGCCCGACGACGACCCCCGAGAGAACGGCGCGGGCCCCGGGGAGGGCGCGGCGCGGGCGCCAGGGGUCGAUCAUCACUCCGCGGUCAACGGCAAGGGCGGCGGGGGGCCGGCCAAUGGGCUGCUCCGAGUCGCGGCCCCGCAGGCUUAUGUACAGAAGUACAUUGUGAAGAAUUAUUUCUACUAUUACCUAUUCAGAUUUUCAGCUGCUCUGGGUCAAGAAGUGUUCUACAUCACAUUUCUUCCGUUCACUCACUGGAAUAUUGAUCCUUUUUUAUCCAGAAGACUGGUCAUCAUAUGGGUUCUGGUGAUGUACAUUGGCCAGGUGGCCAAGGAUAUCCUGAAGUGGCCCCGCCCCUUCACCCCUCCGGUGGUGAAACUGGAGAAGAGAGUGAUUGCUGAGUAUGGAAUGCCAUCUACCCAUGCCAUGGCGGCCACCGCCAUUUCCUUCACCCUCCUCAUCUCCACGAUGGACAGAUACCAGUAUCCCUUCGCUCUGGGGCUGGUGAUGGCUGUGACGUUCUCCACGUUGGUGUGUCUCAGCAGGCUCUACACGGGGAUGCACACGGUCCUGGAUGUGCUGGGCGGCAUCCUGAUCACCGCGGUCCUCAUCAUCCUCACCUACCCCGCCUGGACCCUCAUCGACCGCCUGGACUCGGCCAGCCCCCUCUUCCCCGUGUGUGCCAUUGUGGUGCCAUUCUUCUUGUGUUACAAUUACCCCGUGUCUGAGUACUACAGCCCCACCAGGGCGGACACCACCACCAUCCUGGCCGCAGGGGCUGGGGUGACCAUCGGGUUCUGGAUCAACCGUUUUUUCCAGCUUGUGGCCGAGCCCACGGAGGCUCUGCCUGUCAUCCAGCACAUCCCCCCGCUCACCGCUGGCAUGCUGGUCCUGGGUCUGACCAAAUUCAUGGUGGGGAUUGUGUUGAUCCUCCUGGUUCGUCAAGUUGUACAGAAUCUCUCGCUGCAAGUCUUAUACUCCUGGUUCAAGGUGGUCACCAGGAACAAGGAGGCCCGGCGGAGGCUGGAGAUCGAAGUGCCUUACAAGUUUGUCACCUACACGUCGGUUGGCAUCUGUGCCACCACCGUUGUGCCCAUGCUGCAUAGGUUUCUGGGAUUACUCUGAGCCUCGGGCACGUGGAAAUUAGCCCAGUGGACAAGAGCCAAGACGUAGGAAAUCUGUUGGGUGGGCAAGUCUUGACAACACAUUUUUAUUUUUUAAAAAAAACCCUUUAAGUCAUAUGUCUGUUUUGCGGAUACCCAUGAUAAAUGCCGGUGCUGUGUGGAAGGGAAGUUGUCUCGUAGGAGCCUCUGUUCUGGAAGGUCACGCGGCAGGUGAAGCCAGGCUAAACCCACUGUCGGGUUCUUUGAAGGUCCCCGCCCUGUCUGCUAGCUGGGACUCUAGACCAAGUCAGGGGCUGGCAGGAAUAGUGGGUGAUUGAGGAACAACCACAGGCCCCCCUGGGCUCUAGGGAGAUGGCGGGUCUGGAGACUGGAGGUGGAGCAUUCUUCCCAGUUCUGACCGGGCCCAGCCCCGAGUCUCACUCCCCAACUGGGAUCUUUGGUCCGGGAGGCCCCCUGUGGAAGGGCAUUCCUGAGGGUGACUUUCUCGUCAGUAUGAUCAACUCGGGCUGCCCGCUUGGGUGGUAAGAGCGCUGCAGACCUUACUGUGAUGCCCUGAAGGGUGGGCGCAGAGCUAUGAGGUCCUAGGCCAGGGCCUGCUCCCCUCACGCAUCCCGUCUCUGUAGGCGUGAAUAUUGAGACAGGGAUCUGCUCCUCGUUUGUACAUUUUGCAGGAUUCCAGGUGCCAUCACUGCACUCCUGACCCAGGGAAGCAGCUGGCUGCUCCCACUGCUCCAGGCAGGAGGGCUUAGCCUUCAUUAAAGCGGGCCCAGCUGGGCUUCUCCGGUGUCCUGCUCUCUCCUGCUUCAGAGUGACUUGGGAUACGCCCUCUGGCCAUCCUCAGCUUUUUUUGCUUCUUACAAACUGUCAUCUGCAUGUAAAAGUGGACCAGUGGAGGGACAGAACAUACUCCUCCCAGGAGCCUGACACGAGAGGGACUCGACCUCAGGACAUUGCCUCAUCCUGACACGACUCCUCCAUUUCUGUUACUUUCUGUGAAUCUGUAUUUCUCAUCUACUAAAUAGAAUCAGGGCCCCCCCUUUCCAUCUUCCCAUCUCUUAUCUCUUGGCAAUUUUAAGGGUAAUUAAUGCAAGAAUAACAUCAGCCUCUUUUGGGAAAACAAGCCAACCAAACACAACAGCCUUCACACCGAGGGUGUGUCCUCAGGAGACCAGGAAGGUGACCAUUACGCAAACACCGCGGGCUCUCUCGCAGGCUCCUCUCCACUUGUUAGGAGUAAGGAACAAGCAGCCACCAUUUUCUCAAAAAUGAGUAUACCUGUAGUUAACAAAGUUUGUUUUGCACUCCAGUGCCUGGGCCAUAGAAGCAGUGACUUAGGGUCCCAACAAGCUUCGCUGUGCUCACUCUGGGGGGACAAUGAGCCUGCGGAAAGUUAGGCUCCUCACCUCCGUAUCCAGCAUGAAAAGGGAAACCUCCUUCAUCCUUCUCUCCAAUAUAUCCCCCGGCCUUGUUGCUGGAAUGACCUUCUGUAUUUGACUUGCUGCUCCAGUUUCCUGAGAAUAAUUUUUAGUUAAACAUCCGGUUUUUCCUUCAAAUUUUUCUCACAUUUUCCAUAGUUAGAAGGCAGAAUGAAAAUGGCAGCCAUUUGACUAUUCUGACUAUUCCUUCAAAUUCUCACAUUUUUCAUAGAAGUCAGAAUGAAAAUGGCUGCCAUUUGACUAUUCUAUUUUUACAUCCAAUUGAUUAGAGCUGCACCAUGAUUGGGGGACAGUACUGGGGAGAGUCCGGCUGACAGGCACCCCCAAUGGAUGAGGCACUUUCCUGUAAUUCCUCCGCCCCCCAAAAAACCCAACUGGAUAAUUAUGCAAACUGAUUUCAGUUGAUCUUUCUGAAGCCAUCUGACAAAAGGAUCAGCCUUUGCCACUUGUAUCAUUUGUUGUCACAGCAGUGGCGUUGGCAAUUCAUUCAUGUGCGUGUAAAAUUUUUACUGCCUGUCUCUUCUGUUAAGUGCCAACCGUACGAAGGCCCAUGAGCUAUACCGGUGUAUUUAAGGCUGUGUGUGCCCAGUUUGGAUUGAGCCACAGCACAUUAAAGAAUGGCCCAGGCGUUGGGCAUAGUCAGUCACUUUUUCAAGUGUCUUAUCACAGCUCCUGGGGAGUCCUGAGUAUGUAUGGAUGAGGCCACGCUGAGUUUUUGAGCUCCUGCUUUGCCAGCCCUCUCCAUCUAUUGCUCACACCGCUAAAAUCUCACACCCACACAUGCCCCUCAGAGUUUGCCUUGGUUUAUGUUAAGGCAUUGAGAUUUUCUCUCUGGGGAAAGACUGCCCCCUGCUGGUUUACCAUCAGUCUUGGUCCAAAGCCCCUCUUGAUCUGGAAUCUUGAAGAUUACAAACUUUAAAAAUGAUAUUUUUUUUUUAAAGAAAGCAAUUACUUCAGAAAAUUCAAUAGGAUGCAGAAAUUUGAAAAAUACAACUACCAUCAAAAUAAAAAGGAACUUUAAAAUCCACCUCUCAGUGAUGUAUCCAAUAGAAGCUGAAGAUCUGGGGUGUGGCCAACCCUGCAUUUGGAACCUGUGACCCCAAAACCCUCAGUAUCAUUGGCCUCAGGAGCCAGGUGGGAAAAUACCCCCCUUUCCUACCUGCUCCCCACCCACCACCACUCUGUAACCAUCCAUUCUGUGACCAUCACUCUGAAUAGUGGUCCUUUCAUGCCAGUGUCACUCAGACCUAUACCAUAACAGAAUACACAGAAGAGAGAGACAUAGCAGAGACCCCUGAACUGAAACCCCUAACGAGGGAGGCUGAACUCACUCUACAGCAUGCCAGGUGGUCGCAUUGAAAUGUGAGAUUUUCUCUCCCAAAUAGGGGACCGAUGACUCCCGAGUGUCACGGAAGCCUGUGGUGGUUCAGGCUCUGCUUUCUAUUUCAGAAGGUCCUGAUGUCUUGCUUAUGUAUCGAUGUGUAAAUGUGUCCUUUAAAAAAUAAAAUCAUUCAUUUGAUCAUGA